AAACGUAGAAAAAAUAAACUGAUUAGUUUUUUUCCUCCACUCAUAAGGAUAUUUGUAUUAGAUUUAGUGUAUGUUUGUGCUUUAUUUAAUCGAAAAGAAAGAAAAGUGAUGAAAAUGUGAAACGCAAAUGGAAGAGAAAAAAUAAUGAAAGAAAAGCCCAGAGCAAAUUUUUUUCAGCGUUCUCGCUUUCUGCCCUCUUCCUCUUUGAAAAUAUGAAACCUAAGUGAUAUUGAUAUCGAUUUUCCAAUCUUAUGUGGAAUUUGAAACAAAAACAAAUAAAUUCUAUAAACAACAUAAGAACAUGAAAGUUUCCUUCGGAAAGAAAAUUUGAAUUUAAAGGCAGACAGGUGUUCAUAAAGUGACGAUCAGCAUGUCAUUCUUCAUCUUUUAUAAAGAUUAUAAAGACAAGGAUCAAAAGUUUUUCUUCAUGUGUUUUUAAACUUUUCCCUCGUCAAUUUCUCACUUAUCAUCUUUGACAUAAGCAAUAUGUAGUUUAAAGUGUUAAACAAGCAAAAGCAAAUCGGAAACGUGAAGUAAUGAGAAACACAACACGAGAAACAUUAUGUUAAUCAUGAAAAGGGACGAAGCGUAACAAAGUCAACUAUUAUAAAUUUAAUCGUACUUUUUUUUUAUUCAUUAAAAAGAAAAGAAAAAAAUCGAUACGCCAUCGGGAAUAUAAAAAAAAUUGAAAUAAUUACGUUGCGAGCACAAAAGCUUCAGAAUAAUUAAUCUCACCCACAUAAAAAAUAUGCAGUGUUAUUGUAGGCGACAUUAUAAAGAAAUAUAAUAAAGGGCAAAGUUCAAUAUGAAGCUUUUAGUACUUUUAUUCAUCAUAUUCACCGAAUUCGAAGCAAAGGCGAGUAAAAGAAGAUCCAAUCUCGUAUUAGAAACGUCCGAGUUGUCUUCAUCGAAAUUUAAUGAUUUUUAUUCGACUGACCAUAGUCAUGAAAGCAAUCGACCUAUUAAUAGUAAUGUACAAUCAAAAGCUUUGGCAGAUGUCAAGACUAAUCCAAUGACAAAUGCAUUCUCGAGUAGGAGUAGUGAAAAUAUUGAUUAUCUCGAUAGGCUUAACUUGAAUGACAAUGAAAGGGAAAAGGUGUCAAUCAAUAAGCGAUAUGAAAUGCUAGAAAGUUUGCAAAAGCAUAAAAGUGAUGAGUCAGCAACGAUGAGAGUGUCAAAUGAUCCUAAGAAAGAUCAGACAAGGAUGAAUUCUAAGAAAUCUCAUAGCGAAUUGACAGCUGUGAAUGAAAACAAUGAAAAACAAAAAAAUCGAUGUGACGUGAGUGCAACAAACUCAAGAUUAAGGAGUUACAUUAAUUUGGGAUAUAAAAUCGUAAAAGUUUAUGCUCAAAAGGAUAAAAAUACAGCACAGGGAGGAGAAGUUGCAAGACAAAUGCCAGAGAUUGACGUCACUCACGAUGUAUUCGAAACAAUGACGAGUCAAAGUGGCCUAAUGGACGGAAUAAUUUAUAAAGUGAAUUGUCGGAUUCUUGGCUCAAGCGACAUCAUCGAUUUUAUUCUGAAAACAACUUCGGACCAAAAUAUGCAGAUUGGAGAAUUUCUCAUACCUCCUAAUACUAAUAAAGAUAAUCUUAAGAAUAAGCCGAGCGGCAGCAAUGAUUUUAGCGAAAGUUUUAAGAAGUUUAACGAUUGUGAGAAAAACUUAGCGUAUUACGAAUUUAAUACAAAUAAAACGUCAGAAAGCGUCGUCUCAUGGAAUUGGACGAUGAAGAACAUCCCUGCAGAUAGCAAAGUUGUAGAAUUUAGGUUGAUUUAUCGUCGAGCAAACAGACGAGAAUUGUUUGAAACUUCAGUCACGUAUAAGUUGCUUCAAGACUGCUCGUUGACCUUGAAGAGAAACAUAAGUUGGUUAGAUUCUUCUCUUAUCAACUCAAACCAUCAGAAUUGCACGUUUCACUUCUCAACAACGAUGAUGCGAAAUCGAUAUCGAACUUAUCCUCCCGGCCUUGUUAUCAAACUUCUUCGGUUUAAUAGCGGUGGAUGUAAUAAUGGAGGAUUCCUACAGUUUCAUGAGAGUAGUCAGAAUAAUAUAAAGAUGUGCGGAAAAUUGGAAGAGUUCUCAGAAAAUCAUCGAACAAUAUAUUUUCAUUCUUAUACAAACGUUACCUUGAAAACUCACAAAAAUCCUACCUUCUAUAUCGCCUUCAAAUUUGUCGACUACUGUUACAAUAUCACCUUGAUGAAUCGUAAUAAUUUAACUUUAAUCCAAGCAUCGGACUUGACCUCAAAAUGUCAUUUCAAAAUACAUUUACCAUACGGAAAUCGAAUUGCGAUGCGACUACAAAUUGAUGAUGGUGGAAAUUUAAGUGUUAAUGAUAAUGAUAAUCAAGAGAACAUUAAUAUUAGAGAGAUUAUUUUGACAAAUUCUAACAUAAGCCUUACUUCUACUCCGACAACUACGAAGACGAUUACGAGCGCGAGUGAAGGAAGUGGAAGGAAAAACGAAACUCGCCUCGACCUCAAUUAUCUUACAUUUGAUGAUUUUUCACUCUUUCCCGAUGCCUCUUUCCAAAGUGAAUUAUUCACCUGUGAUGAUGGUUUCUUAAUUGAAGUGAUUAAUAGAUUAAGUGAAAAGUGGAAUGAUUGUAUAAAGUAUUCAGAUGCGAUUAAAAAUGUUGCUUACACAUUAACGACUUCAGAUAAUGUUUUAUUUAUUCGCAUCACGAUAAAAAAAGCACAAAAAGACGUUGCAAAGAAAAUAUUUUUUAGAGAUGAAGAUACAAACGAAUAUAAAGAUGGAGAAAAUAUGGGCCCAUUAAUAAAAUUGAAUUAUUCAGCUGUGCCCAUUGAAAUGAUAGUGUCACGUUGUGCCUUUGGAUGGGUAUUAAUUGGACCAUUUUGUGUGUCAGUAUUUAAUCAAGUUAUGUCAUGGAAAAAUGCAGAAAAUCAUUGCAAUAGUAAUGGCGGACAUUUGGUGUCGAUUCGAAGUGAAUCUGAUCAGAAAUUCAUUGAUAAUUUACUUUUGAAUUGUCCCAACUAUCAAGCACAAUCAUCUUAUUGGAUUGGAGCGAGUGACAACGACGAAGAAGGAGAUUUCCGGUGGAUUGAUGGAUUACCGUUUAUUUUUUCAAAAUGGUUUCCGGGAUGGAAGCAAAAUGAAAACUACAACCGACAACCAAACGAUGAUGGGUUGAGUGAACAGGAUUGUGUUGAAAUUAGAAGAUACUUUCAUAGACCAGCAUCGAGUGGCUUGGCAUUAGCUUCCUUUUUGACUGAUUCCUUCAUGUGGAAUGAUCGAGAUUGUGAAACAAAGAAUCCUUUUAUUUGCGAGUACUCUCUGAUUGAAGAGCUUACAAACAAUAACGAAGCAAAAUACUGUAACGACACAAUCCAUUUGUCACAGGAUAAAAAGAAGACAAUGAUUAGUAGUCCAAGCUUCCCUCGCUUUUAUCCAGACGACAUGAAUUGUGUGACAUUUGUUACGGCUCCAAGCGGAUUCAGUAUUCUCAUAGAAUUCGAAGAAUUUGUCAUGGAACAAGAACCGCAAUGCGCUUAUGAUUACUUGCAAUUAUUUGAGCCAUAUGGGGAUGAUGUAAACGUGAUGUCGUUUAUAAAACAUAAAAAGAGAUCAGCUUUAAGCAAGAAUAAUUUAAUUGUGGAUGUUAGGAAUAGUCUUCAAAAUGAACAUAUUUAUGAUGAAUUUCUCAAAGAUUUUACACAACAAGAUACAUCGACAUAUAUUUUGCAUCCAUCGAACAUCACUUAUAAUAAGCUCAUUUCACCACCAACCAACUUAGCUGAAAGAAUUCCCCGGAAGAUUUGUGGCGAUUGGAAUUCAAAACUAAAGUUACUGCGGUACAAGUCCAAGGGCAACCUGCUUGGUAUCAGCUUUUCAUCCGAUUACUCACAUCAUUUCAUCGGCUUUAAAGCAAAAAUAUCGUUGGAAAAAGCAACAACCGAAUGCUCCGACGAGCGACUUAAAUUAUUUAACGAUUCAUGUUACUUGGCCGUUUCUUUCCCGGAAGUAGAGUGGGUGGUAGCACAAAAAAUAUGCCAUAGUAUGGGUGCACAAUUAUCGUUCGUUUUAUCAUAUGAAGAACAUAAAUUCAUUGCUGAAAUAAUUAGAAGUAAUGAAGACUAUAAUCCAAGUUCGUUUUAUUGGCUUUGUGCUGAGAAUUCAAAGAGUGAUGACAAGUGGACUGAUGGAUCGAAAAUGAUUUUCAAAGGUUGGAUUACGAAACCUGAUAAGUCAAUGAAGUCUUUAUGUUUAGCAAUGCAAUGGAAAGUGACACAAAUGACAACACUUCCUUCCAACUUUUAUUGGAUAUAUCAGAAUUGCUCAAAUCUUGGUGGAUAUGUUUGUAAGAAGAGUGGAAAGAAUGAUGAAUUAAUGCAGAAUCAAACAAUUCGUGGAAUGGAAGGGAGAUUGACGUCACCAAGUUAUCCAAAUCAUUACACGCCAUCAUUAAAUUAUUGGGUUCAUAUUAUUGCACCAGAAAAGACACGAAUCAUUCUGCAAUUUCAAAAGAUUGACGUGGAAUCACAGCAGGAAUGUUUAUAUGACUACGUUAGUGUGCAAGAUGUUGAAUUGAGAAAUGAAAGUGAUGGCGUAAAGCGAAACGUAAGGAAAUCUGAGAAUGUCGACUAUCAAAUGCUUCAUAGAUUUUCAUCGACAAAUAAUAAUGAAAUAGCUUCGCCAUCGUUCCAACAAUAUGUCAGAUGGUGUGGCUCGUAUUCAGCAAAUAUGUCAAGAUUCGAUUUUAUUUCGAAAUCAAAUGAAUUAUUUCUAAAUUUCGUCUCUGACUAUUCAAUGUCUGGUGAAGGAUUUUCUGCUAUUUGGCGUUCAAUUGAUGUGUCAGCAUGUCCCGGUCAAACAAUGACAGCUCAUGAAGGAAUUCUAACAAGUCCAAAUUUUCCCAAUUUUCUUUUACAUAAUCUCAGUUGCACUUUCACCAUUCAAGCACCGAUUGGUCGGAAAAUUUGGAUUGAAUUUACGUCGCACAGUAUCUUAAGUGAUGCCGUUGUCUAUGUGGAUUUAGGUGAUGGCAUUCGAAUUCAACCUUUUUCAAACAACCAAUUGAUAAGUGACGGAGUAUUCUUAAGUCGCGGAGAGACUUUACAAAUCAUUCUGAGAACUGAACAAAAUCCACGUGGAAAAGGAUUUUCAUUGAAGUUUCGAUCAGUGCAACAGCCCGUUGAACAUCGCAUUAUGAACUUUUCAAACGUUACCUUUGGACAACUUCACCAUCUCAACUUUCCCUUAUCGUUGCCGAAGUUUUUCGAUUUUACUCAAUAUCUGAUAGCGCCUGUGGGAAACGUCAUAUCCAUUGAACUUUAUGGAAUGGAGUUUGGUGAACAUGAUUGUGCUGAUGGCAGCUCUGUGCAGAUUCAUGAUAAAUAUGCUGAGACAAAUGGAACAAUCUGGCGAUUAUGUAGUGCGAUGUCAAAUGGAAAAUCAUUGAAUCGAAGAGAGACGGGUUCAGUGAUUAUCAUAACUUCGUAUCUGAAUACUCUGCACAUCCGACAGAAAUCUCUUGACAAUGACAUUGGACUUCUUAAUGCCAGCAUUCGUGUUCAAUCGGAUCUCAAUUAUAAACUCAAAUUGAUAUCGACAACGGAUGAUUGGGUCGAAGCAUGUCAUCCAAAUCCAUGUCAAUUCGGUGGAAAAUGCAUAACAUCUAGUAAAAAGCAAGUUUGUCAAUGUAAUGGACAUUUUACUGGUCGUUUCUGUGCUUUGAACAUGUGCGAACUGGAUCCAUGCAUAUUUGGACAAUGCACUUUAACGAACAGCAGCUUCAAGGUUUUGAAAUACAAUUUUGACAUAAGAAUGAAUGAUUUAUUUCAUGUUUUUGAACAGUGCAAUUGUCAACCGGGAUAUCAAGGAAAAACCUGCGAACAACGAACCAAGCCAUGUAAUGAACAUCCAUGUAAGGACCGUGGUGAAUGUGUCGAGAAGAACGACGGAUUUACAUGCCGUUGCUUUGCAUGGUUUGAAGGCCCCAGAUGUGAGAAGCGAAUGCAGGUCCCUUACCGUCCAUUAAGCGAACGAAUGUUACAAGAACCAUUCUGGCUUGGCCUUAUAACAGUCUUUGUAGUUUUAGCAGUAAUUGGAUUAGUCUGGUGUGCAAAGAGACAUUUUCCUGAGAAAAUUGAGAAGCUUCUGCAAGAAGAAGCUGACAGAAAUCGUCCUGCUCAUUUACGACAUCAUCAUCAUAUAUCCCUUAGAGAGCAAUUGCAAGUUGCCGGUGCUGCUAAUAAUCCAAUGAUGCAAGCAGGAGCUUCACAAAUUAACGUCACAACGAUGGGAACACAAAAAUCGAUUUUCGGACGUUUGGGUAUAAGAAAACCAUCGCUUUUAAGCCUCAGCAGCCCUCAACCUUCACAAGGUUCUACCGCUCGAACCUUUUCACUUGACGAUCUUUUACGACCACUCCCUCGACCAAUUACUUCCAAUUUACCGAAUGAAAAUUAUUCAUCUAAAGAAAAUAAUUUGAACAUAGGUUCGCCAUCGCCAAGAAAAAAGCGCAACAAUUCAACACCCACGCCAAAGAAUGCUGCUGAGAAAACCCAAAUUUUACAACAUCUUAUUUCAGCGAACAGCAGCAGUAACAAGGUCACGUUGGGAGAGCUUAUUCAAUUUUCGGAUCGUAGUUGUGAUAAUCACAUAAUCACAGCUGAAGAUGGAAGCGGAUUAAAGGAAACAGCUUUUCAAAAUGAAAGCAUUACUUCGGUUGAUAUUCCAGUCCCACCAUUGCGAGCAUUAACUCGACAAUUAUCGUCAGAUCCCAAGCUUGAAAAGAAAGUAACUUUUGCUAGAUUGCUUAGUAAGAUGUCAGCCGAAAUCAACAGUAGCAAUAACAUUGAUGGUAACAGCCGCUCCAGUGCAAUAAGCCUUCCAACAGAAGUUCAAUUAAGAGCUAACUCAGUUCCACCAUCACCUUGUACAAAUGACAUUCGAUCACCUCAUAGCACAUCAUCUAAUCAAGGAAGCGACUCUUUAUCUAGUAGUGAGCUAGCCUUGCACGAUUUUUCAUUCAGAAACAAUCAAAGAAAGCAUCGAACGAAAGUGUCAAGCGCUGAUUCAAUCUUAGCAAUGUUUAAGAAUUUCACAUCGUCAAAUAGUGGAAUAAAUAACUUAUCAACAUCGUUAAUGAUUUCACCUUCGACAACACCAACAGCAACAUCACCACUAGAUGACAAUGCUUGUGAUGAUGAAUCAUCGACAUCAUCGAUCUUAACUCCUGUUAGUGCUUCAAGUGGUGCACCAGACUCUCCAAUCUAUUUCAGAACAAAUACAGUAGAAGUGACAGUCAUGGAUGCUAUGAGCGCUCAUAAAACAACUCAAGCACAAACUCUUUUGCACCCUCCAUCGAUAUUGCUUGAAAUUCCAGGAAAUAUUAAUAAAUGUUUAUCGCCUAUUCGUGAACUGCCCACGCCUGCUUUAACACCCGUCAUGUCAAGACCACAUCGGACAUUAAGUGGAGCACCUGACAUGCAAGAUGAAACUUUAUCAGUUACAUUAAAUGAUGACGAUGAUACAAAACAUAAUCAAACAAACUUAUAUCAUGACCAUCACGUCAACAACCAGCAAUCACCAACAAUAGCAAUCGAAUCGAAUCAGCGCGAUUCUGAUAACGAUUCAUAUUCGCUCAACAAAAAAACGUCAAGCGAAGAAUCAUCGACGAAUAGUUCUGUGAAACGUUCUAACUUUGCAUCGGUGCCAUUGAUUUCAAUAGACUCGAGUGCACUUAAUAACGCGAUGAGUCAUGAGAAGAUGCUUGCAAGUAGACCAAAAGAUUUAAUUAUUCCUGAACUUGUCGUUCAAACUCCAAGUCCGACAAAGGAACGUUAUCCAGUUAUUGUUUUUCCUGGUUCACCGCCACCUACAAAACGUGCUAGCAUUGGUGACACCAGUGGAAUGUUUCCUAAUAAGCAACAACAGAAACGUUUGUUGAUGCACAUGGAGAAACCCGGAUCCCUUGAUAUCCCCACUCCCCCUGUAAUAACUGUCAACAUGUGUAGUGAAGCUGAAUCUGAUACUGAAUUUUUAUCACCAGUAACUUUGAAACCAUCGCUUCUCAUGCCCACCAAGUUCAUACCGAGCUCAACAGGUAUGGUUUAUUUGAGUCCAUUUACUUGUGCACGUGACCGAGCACCAUCCGAAGGCAAUCUCAGUUCAUCUGGUUAUUCAAGUAUGGCAAGUCCAUGUGGAUCAAGCAGCAAACUUUGUGCAAGUGAAGGUGACGAAAUGAAACCUCGAAGAGACUUUCAAGUGACUUUGAAUAAUGUUCGUCUUCAACAAUCAAUUAUGAUGAAGAAUGAUCCUGAACAUAAUGCUGAUUGUUUUAGAAAACGAUCUGAUUCGGAAACUUUUUCUGACGAGAUAUUACUCGAAUCUAAUGACGAAGGAAUUGGAACAGAUCAAUUGGAUGAAAAACUUGAAGAGAGUGACAUUAAAAGUGCUAAAGAUUUAGAAGUUUUUAUUGGAAAAGAGCUUUUGGAUCAUGGUAAAAGUUUAUUGAAUUCAGAAGAAAUUGUGGGAAUGUCACAACUUCAACUCCCUUCAAUUAUCGUACAUUCUGAUAACAAUUGCGAUAAGCUUUCACCAGUGUCAUCACGUUCUGAGAGUCCCUUAAGCGACCGUAAUAAUGGAAUGGGAAGAUUUUCACCACAAUUUUAUGGAAAGAAAGAUUCUCAGUUACCAUUCACUGAUUCCGAUGGACUUUAUGACUUCCCUUCGUCAGAUGGAAAAGGUGGAUCCACAGGAUCACUCACGCAACAUAGAAAAAAUACAGGAAAAAGACGAGAAAGAAGAUGCUCAAAGUCAAACAUUCUACCACCAUCGUCAUCAACAAAUUUGUUGCAUUUAGAGAUUCCUGGCAAGGUUUCAGCACCGAGUUCGUCAUCGUCUUCACCCAAAUAUCAUCCAACAAGAAAGAAUCUUAAACGACGUCCACUUCAACGUUACACGCCUAGCAGUUCAUCAUCCACAGAAUCACUGACAACAAGUUAUUCGAAGGAGACAUCAGUAGCAACAGUUAAAAUGCGCAGUGACUGCGAAACAAACGACAACGCGAAUGAAAUUGACACGAUGGAGAUCCAUGAAAACGUGGUAAAGAACAAUAAAGUAACUCAAGCAAAGAAAAUCAACCGGAUGAAAGCAGUGGGUCAUCAGAUAAAGUUUAUUUAUCGCUUAGAACACGCAUUGAAGAAAAGAAAGCAACUUCAAUCUGAAAGUGACGAUGAAACAGGCAACGAAGCAGGUUCACCUAAAGCGACAUCGCCAUUGCUUUCAACAGAAAGUGAGAAAAUGAAACGAAAGCCAUCAAGAUUUGCAUUUCUGAGACAAAAGAAACUUUUAUUCGAGUCAGGACGUGACAUGUUCAAGGAACAUGAUUAUUCUAGUGAUUAAUUCCUAACGCCUUACUGUAUUCAACAAAUUACGAAUGAAACUCGAAAGCUGUUCCCCAUGAUUGAGUUUUUCAUUUUUAUUUUCCCUUUAAAUGUCAUUCAAUACAUCUGUGCAAGUCAUUACAUCAUGAACAAUUUUAAAAAAACAUCAAAGUUGAGUGUAGAUUUUUGUAGAUAGAAAGUUUAUUAAGUAAGUUGUGCACUAAAUUACUUCAUUCUGAAUCAAGAGAGGUCAAAAUUUUUCUAUGAAUUAAUCUAACUCAUUCGAUAACCGACUCUUGACUGGAAUAGCAAUGCGAAGAAAUGAAAACCUCAAUCCUCAAUAAAAUAUUCGUUUUCCAAAAAGCAAUAAUGCACUUACCGACAUUCUAAUUAUUCAUUGUGAAAAGUUGCAUUUAAUGCCAUUUUAUGACAAUCUUUUUAUUGUACUUGUUUUCCAAUUAAGAGUUUUAAAAUGUGUACUUAGAAUUAACAUUGCUUUUAUGACGUUCAUAUGAAUAUUUUAUCAGCUUAUGUGUAAAGAAUUAAUUAAUAAUAAAAGCUAAACUUAAGGUGUUUCCUGAUUGGAAAGUUUUGCAGUUUUCUUCAUUGAACUGAUUCAUUUUAUAUGAAUGUAAAAAACACUUAUUUCGUUUAUUAGUUAAUGCCGUAUUGGCCAUACGGAAUUGUUAUUGCAAUCAAUUAAGUCGUCUCUUUUGCAAAGAGUAUUGAACGUUGUCUCUUGUGGAAAGCCUAAAAUCUCUCUUUCUUCGUAGAUUCUGUAAGUAAAUGUUGAUUCGAAGGUUCCAAUAAACCAGCUCGCAUGGGAACAUAUUAUUUGAUCUAUCACAGCUAAUCCACCAUCACCUAAGUGAACAUGAUAUUCCCAAGGUGGUUUGAAUCUGUAUAAGCUAACACUUCGCAGCAGAGAUUUUAAGUCAUGAAAUUCUGAUCCUGAACAAUCACUUGAAAGAUAAACUUUGUGAAUUUGCAGCUCAGCAAGUUUCCUUUUAAUUUGAUUCGCAAUGCUACGAAGUGUUGGAAUUUGUGGUUCUCUUCCAUAUAAAAAGUCAGCUCGCCGCAUAUGAACGCAAACAUAUUCGCCACCAACGGCACCACGGUAACUUUUUUCAUCAGUCCAAGAAUCUGGUCUUUGAACUUUUCCAUUCUCAUUUGUAGAUCCAAGGAAAUCCAUUCGAUAUGCUGUUGCGACUGCCUCUAAAUAUUUAUUAAAUCUCAUUGAACGACGAGCUUCCCAAUAUUCUUUAUCACCAAAUGAAUCAUGAAGGGCUGUUUCAGCAUGAGCAAAGAGAACAAUUCGUUGUUUCUUAUGUUUCAGGAGCUUUUUGUCUUCGUAAGUUUCUAAGACGUUUUGAAGCAAUGAAGCACUUCCUUGAAAGUUUAAACAGGUAAUGCGAUUCUCAGUUAUAUUAUAGUACUCAAAGUAAUGAUUGUUAUCGUAAUCAUUACGACUACAAACUGUUUCCUCGAACUUAUCAAUAAAAACUCCGCUUUCAAACAUUGCAUCAAAAUGUUGCAGCUUAUAAACUUCAUCAAUCUCAACAAAAGGUCGUCCAGUCUUUUUAUGAAUGAUUUCGAAGAACUCCCACAUGUCAAUAACAUUUGUGUACUGCUUCAGACUUUCUAGAUCAAAGAAAUGAUUCCAAAACAUGUUUGAUUGACGGAAGUUUGAUUUCCAAUGAUAAAGGUGGUGAAAAACAGGAAGAACAAGACGAGUAUUUGAAUACUUCUCAUGCUUUCGUAGAUGCUUUAAGAAAACUGCCAUUCGUAUAUAGACAUCACGUCUUAAAUUAAAUCCUUCUAUAGGAUUUACUGAGUACAAAAUAUAAAUCGCAGAUUUGUUGUCACCAUUUUCAUGUUUUUCACAAUAAUUUUUGUUUAAAAAUAAUUCUUUCACUUCACAUGAUUGACAUAAAAUUAAGUUUAAUGAACACAAACAAGUAAUUAAUCUUAAAACAAAGUUCAUCAUCAAUUAGGAAUUAAGUAGUUUGUCAAAGAUUAGAGCCAUUUGUUUUGAUAAAGUUUCUCAUAGUGAGAGGUAGCAAAAAAAUAUUCUGACUGUACAAGAAUUUGCAGAAAGGGCGGGAAGAAA